AUGAACCCCACGAACCAAGCAGUUCCAGACGGUCCUCCAGUCUCUUUCCUCCAAGCACUCUGUCUCUGUAUCCUCGGUACCGCACGAGAGAACACGGUCGCUGCCAACAGCCCCGACAACAUCGCCGCGAUGGCAGCUUUCCGACGCAAACUCGGCAUUGGAAAAGAGAGCGCGGGCACAAGCGCCAGCGCGCCGCCUGAGGACAACGUCGCUGCCGCUAGCUCUGACGAUAACGUUGCGGACAGCACCAACGCUGACAGCCCUAGCCAAGCCAGUUCUGCACCGGCAAGACCCUUGUGUGACAUUAGCGACUGGGAGUUCGUGUCCCGCGGCUCUAGCAGUGUCGCGUCUGCCGCUCGUCUCGACGAGCCCGUCCUAUGUUCAAGCAGUGCAGACGACCAGACCGUGUUCAGCAAUGAGCACAAGCACGACGGAAACAACAAGAACCAGAACACGCAGUCCAGAGAGGUCAUGCUUGCACGCUGGGCCGCCGACAAUGUCCGCCAGGGCGUCUUUACGGGACAGGUCGCUCUGGCCUUGUUUUUUACAGCCACUGUCCAGGAGUGGUUGUACACCUCACAAGGCCAAGUGUACUUCCCCACAAAGGUUGGCAUUACAGAUGAGGGUCUUGUCACCGGCAUCGUGGACGGACUGCUCGCAUGGCUGCACAAGCGGGCGCAGUUGGAGGGCGUCUGGUCGCAUCCCUCCCAGCGUGCUGGUCGAUCUUCAGAUGAAGUCGACUUUCAUUUCAGCAUUAUGUACGACAGCAAGCUGUAUCGCUGAAGGUAUGAGAAGGCCACCUUUGAGUGAGGUGACGAUCAUCUCCGUGAGUUGCGAAUUCUGGUAAGCGACAGGAGAUGGUUGGCAACGAGCUAUAGACUGACUCUAGCUCCAGCGGGCCGGCAUUGGUCAAGAUCUG